CUUACGGAUGGAAAGCCUACUCUACUGCCUUCACUCUGACUCAUCCCCCUCUCUCUUGCCAUCCUCACAUUGGUGCAGUCUGCAUGUGUGCAUUGAUCACCACACACACACACAGACACACACCCACAGACACUUUGACAGAGGCAGCUCCACCUCCUCUGCAGUGUAGAGACAGCUAGCGAGGGCAGCAAUGGAGGAGCCAGCAGUGCAGCAGGAAAAAAUAGAGGGAUCAUGGGAAGGAGGGCAUGAUGGAGGGAAGGCAGACUGGAAGAAUGAGUGCUCCCUCUCCUCCCUUCUGAAACACUCAUGUUUUCUCUGCUGGUCGUCUCCCAGGGACACAGACGUCGUGGAAACUGACGAGAGAGCCCUCGCCAAGGCAGCCGAGAUCAGAGUAAGAAGACCGCAGCAUCUAGCGCUGGAGCUGGAGAAUGCAGUGGCGGUGGAGAACUUGGAGCUUCAGGAGCAGCAGUCGGACCGCAAGGAGCUGGAGGAGACUCUAGUUAAAUUAGAGAAACACAAAGAGAAGCUGAUAGAACAAAUAAAGGCAACUAGACAGCUCUGCUAUGAAGAGAGUCAACAGAUCCUGUCUCUGCAGGCGGACGAGGUGCAGAAGGAGAGCCAGGUGGAGGAGUAUGAGAGGGAGCUUGCCAGAGCCAGGUGGAGGCUUAAGAAGCUGAGAGAAGAGGUGAAGCAGGCCAAGAGGAAGGUGGAGGAGGCUGGAGAGAGGAACACUCCUCUACAAGACUCCAUCAGGCAGUCCUAUGAAGAGAUCCUGCAGGAGGAGCACACUUUGUGUUCGCUGUCAGGAGGUGCAGUCACUCCAGAAAGCCAGCUGGAGGAGUCAGCAUCUCCCGCAGACACCACUGAAGAUGAUCCGCUUCCUAUGAGGCCAUGGGGAAGGAGCCAAUCACUGCCCGCCUAUGCUGACCUGAUAAUGAGGGCCAGUGGCUCGUCUUUCUGCAAUAAUCUAGCGGACACCAGGGAAGAAGUAGAUGACAGUGGGACCAGCUCACCAAGGAUAGACAGAUCGGACAUAGAGGAUGACCCAGAGGAGGGGGAGAUCAACAACACAGGAGAAAAUGAGAGAGAGAAGGAAGAGUCCACUAUUAACCCAAACCCUCUCAGCCAAUUGGAUUUCUACCAAGCUGACCCCUUCGACCACGACCUCUUCAAUGAAGACUUGUUCCCUAAAACUGACUCAUCUGAUGGAUUCACUUCAGACCCUUUCAAAGGCAGUGAUCCGUUUGCAGCAGACAUUUUGUUCCCAGAGGCGACCAUCGGCACUGAUGGAGGGGCGGGAAAUGUUGGGGAUGAGGCAGACACCAGUCUCUCCUGUGCUGAAAACAAAGCCUCAACAGGAACUCAGUGCUUUGAGUCUGAAUUCCCCGACGAAGACAGCGACAUAGAGAUCAGCUACAGCCGAGAGGACCUGGACGCCAUCGCUGUAGUUGAUGAUUCUCAUGGAUUUAAACCCAUUCAGAGCUCAUCAGAGGAGCUUGGGCUGGAUCCCAUCCAGGGCUGGAGGUCCCAGGGUCAGUAUUCUGUAGAAUCAGACCCUAAUGGGUAUGAGCUGGACCUUGGCGCUGUCUCCCCUCCCUCUGACAUAGAAGAACACAGUCUGGGAUCUCUAGCUGGAGAUGCUAUCGUAGAGGCAACGCAAGGACUGGAACAAGGUAUGAGUUCUGUUUCAGCUCAGGCUGUCCCUGAGCUCAAGAAACAAGUCCUGAUGGAACCAGAUUUGACAGGUGACAUAGAAGAAACUCUCUCACAUGAUGUUACCUCCUGUCAGGGGGCAGAAUGGGUAAGCAACAUCAAAGAGGAACCCGGAAACCCUGCAACUCCCCAAAACUCGCUAGAUUCCCAGGACUUCUUCAUCCAGCCUGACUCAGAUCAGAACAGAGAGCUGAGCUUUGAAUUGAGCUAUGAACCAACCAGUCAGUCUUCCUUUGACCCAUACGGGUUUAAACUCAGUCCAGAGCAUUCUAGUCACACCCUCUUAGACCCGGAUGAAGCUGAGCUGAGUCCAGAACCUGCUGAAAACGAUCUGACCUUUGACCCUGAGCCAUCCGCAUCUCAACCAGAUCAACUGGACUUUGAUUCGUAUGGGUUUGACAUCACUUCCUCACAGAUUGCACGGGACUCUGACCCUUAUGGCUUUAAGCUCAGCCCUGAGGAAGGGAACCAGGAGGUACUGGAAGUCUGUGGCCAUGAUAACCAGGAGGCAAUGGACCUUUGCACCUAUGACAACAAUGAGCAAGUAGAACCCCCUAACUAUAGCAACCAGGAAGUACUGGAACCUCAUACCCAUGAAAACCAAGAAGUGCUUGAACAUUGUAGCCACAAUAACCAGGAACUGCUGGAUUUGUGUAACAAUGGAAACCAAGAAGUGCUGGAACCUUCUAGCCUUGACAACAGGGAGUUAGUUAGCAAUGAAAACCAGGAACUUCUGGAUCUCUGCAGUCAUGACAACCAGGAGGUGGUGGAAACCUAUCGCAAUAUCACCUUUGAGGAACUACUUGAACCUUGUAACUAUGACAACCAAGAAGUGCUGGAACCUUGUAGCCAUGGCAAUCAGGAACUGCUGGAUUUCUCCCAUCCUGAAAAUCAGGAAGUGCUGGAAGUGGACCAUGGCAACCAAGAACUACUGGAUUUUGACAGCAAAGAAAAUCAGGAAGUUCUAGUUUCAGGUGGCCACGACAACCAGGAACUCCUGCAUCUCAGUAGCAAUGAUGAUCAGGAAUUGCUAAACUUAGGUAGCCAUGACAACCAGGAGGUGCUGGACUUGUUGAGUAAGGAAGUUUUCCCCGAAGCAAAUAAUAACCAAUGCAGUGUGGAACCAGAGCUCAAUGUCAGUCCCACCAAUAACAGCUCAGACAGUGAUGUGGCAUCAGAGGACCUGCUAGGACUUGAACUCAGUAACACCAGUAUCUGCACUACCACCAGUACUGCUGACACCCUCAACAUGGCUGUCAGGAACAUGUCCGCUAACCAGGACUUUGCUACAUCCAAUGCUCCCAUGAGUCACAACUUGUUAGAAGGUGACCUGGGUUCAGUGUUCGGGGCUGGCGGAUACAUCGGUUGUCCUGAUGUAGCGGACGACCUAGAGCCUCUGGACAGAAGGCAGGCAAAUCCAGUAGCAGAGCCAGUACGACCAGUCAGACCUGUUAGGCCUCCUCGGCCUUCGCUCAGGGCCAAGGAGAAGGCUCAGUCCCAGGGCAUCGACCUCAAGUGAUCACCAACCAACGUGGGUUCACCAUGUCAGCAGGGUUCCCACAACAACAUCAACACAAGCAAUGAGGAGGAUGAGGAGAGAAGUAAGAGGACGGAAGACAGGAGGGAUAGAUGAUUCUGCUUUUAUUUAUGGCAAUAAUUCUAGACAUUUGUAUGUUUGGAGCUUUUGAAGGGAACAUUUUAGUCUGAAUGGAAUGACGAGUUGUAGGCAAGAUGUAAAAACCCACUAGCAUGGGUCCAGCAUACUCCACAAUAUUUAACCAUGACUGGCUCACGGCUUCAGUCUAUUUAGUGAUUUAUAGAAAAUGACAACAUUCUUUGAGGGUGGUCUUAAAGAAAAGAACUGAUUUCCUGUUCCCAGAUGAUGCUUGUCAACUAACCAUAAGGUUGACAUUUUCUGUUAUUUAUUCACAAUAUCAGCUGCCAACACACUCCUGUGUCCUCUAAGUCUUUUAGUUGAGCUUUCUGACAGGGCUAAUUGGUCCACCAUGGAAGAAAUCUCCCCGAUUUUGAUUUGAGCUUGGUGUUGGAACAUGUGUAAGUGGUCACACAGAUAAAAUGUGUAUAUAUUACGUACUCUACUAUUGUGGUUUUAAGAUUAUCUAGUCAAUAAGUAGUUUUAGGACUAAAUUGGAUGACAGCUGUAGAUAGAGUUUGGUCGGGUUGUACAGUGAGUGCAUAUCAGUACCAUCGCCAUGGUAACGUGCCCCAGAGUUUUCAGUCAUCAGUUACUUUAAGGUGCUCCUUAAAGAGUGCCUUAGGAGCAGGCUGAAAAGCAGUGUGUCACUGCCAUCUCUGGUUUCAAGUUCCAAGCCUGUUUCACCUCUAACCACAGCAUGACUGAUGGGUGGGGUCAGAAGUUUGCUUCGCUGCACCUGCAACCAAACCCAGCAGUGAUGUCACUAAAUCCCGGAGGUCACCUGCACAUCACUGCCGCAAGGUGAGAUAUUUAACCACUGGGAGUCAGCAUGAGCGAGAUUUUCAGAUCAUAAUCAGUAGCAUUAAACAAAUAGAUCAUCACUUUGUCAAUGUUAAAUGGCCUCUAGACUGCAUUUCACGACACCAGUGUCCCAGUUCCAUACCAUUUACUUAUGUUAAAUCAUAAGAACUAUCCACUAAUGUUAACUGUGCACUAUUUUGGUAGUAAGGAUACAAGUCAUUGAUUUUCCUAACUGUUUGUUAUUAACACAAAAGGAUAGGUGUGGAAGUAUGUGCAGACAGAUAUACUUUGAAAUACUACUGCCAGUUUUAAAAAAAACUAAACUAAACAGUGAGCAAAACUUUUGUUUCCAAAGAUCUGUUUUCUGAGCUGUCUUUCUCGUCCGAAUUUACUGCUGUGAAAAGCAUUAUGUUGCAUUGUGGGGACAAGAGUCUCCUCAAAAAACACAGGACUCAAAAUAUUAGAAAACCCCUGAAAGAAAUUCAAAAGGGUAACAUUAGUGUUAACUUGAGCUAAUAUAUCAGCUGGUUCAGAAUUGUAAUGCCGUAAAGAUCAGCACGAUAACAUCUGCUGUUCUUUAUUUCCCCUACAUAAAUCAUAUUCAUUAAACUUAGUUCUACUCCAGGUUUUCCCCCUGGUCAUCUACGACCUCCCUGCAGUGCACCGCACAGUGUGAGAACCUGGCUUUAGAAUAGGAGUUGGUCCCCGGGCGCUGCACAGUGGCUGCCCAUUGCCCCCAACACUUAGUAGGUCAAAUGCAGAGAACAAAUUUAGCUAUCAUACCUAAAUCAUUGUAUUCACUAUUUUUGGAAAGCCACUACCAAUUAACCUUUACAAACAAAGCUAGAGAGGUUUUACUCUUGGUUUGGUUUUCUGGGUUGUUCUGAAGCUGUGUCACGGCUUUAUCUUUAACUUUUCAGUUGUGAACAGCUCAUUCAUUUCUGCAUGCAUUGUGGGGUAAUCAACAGCAAACUCAAAUUAUAUAAAUUAUUGUAAACACCCUGCACACUGAAGUUGCUUAGAGUUAGUAUAAAGUAUGGAAUUGGGACCCAGCUAGAACCAGGAAGUGGGUAGGAUCUGACACGAGCAGCGCUUUAUUGCUUUAUAGCACAAAACAGUACGGAAAUGGGCCAAAAGCUUUCUUACAGGCAGGUACCUAAAGGGAGGUCUGAUAGGCCAAUAAGCAAAUCAUUCCAACAUGUUUACCCUCAUCAAACCAAAGACAUCAGAGAGGGUGAGUGAGCUCAGACAGAAAUGGGCUAUGUGUAAUCUGCCAACUCAGUUAUGGCUGCCUCUGAAGACUGCAGUGUCCAGACUCUGUCUAUGUAUGGCUCUGGGUUAGGUGAGGAGAGUAGUUAGUCCUGCUGGUUGAAUGGUUUAAGAUAAAACUGCAUGUAGUAACACAUUCUUUUGCAAUAACUGGCCACUUGGGGGCAGCAGAAACAAGUGAACACAACACUGACAUAUCACUUUUUCAGUUGAUAGACUGUUGCCUAUUUACACAUCCAGCAGUUAGGGAGCAACAAUAGCGACAUUUGGAGUUGCAUUUGUGUCACCGGAUAAAUCUAAAUCUAAUUGUAACUCUUUUAGCCCUGUUUUUAGUCUCUAGCAACUCCCUGCGACCGAAAAUGAGGCUCUGAAAGCAGUGCGAGUGAAUCAGAUCUCUAAAGUUGUGGCCAGACAGCUAAACAAUGAGCUUAAUCUCGCUGUAAAGCCCUGUAAAGCCGAGGGCAGCUGCAGAUUAAGGUGAUAAUAAUCUGUUGUUUCAUCAGUAUAAGUGACCCCUUUUACACUGUCAAUUCAUACAUUCUUAUUGUUAUGGAUUAUAGCUGCAGCAACCGUUAGCCAAUUAGUUGUCAACUAUUAAAUUAACUGCCAACCUUUUGAUAAUUGAUCAAUCAUCUUUUCUUUUUUUUAUGAAAAAAAUUUCAGCUUCUUAAAAUUGAAUAUUUUCUGGUUUCUUCAGUCCUCUGACAGUAAACUGAGAAAAUCAACAGAUUAAUCAAUAAUCAAAAUAAUUGUUAGUUAGUUGCAGCCCUGUGUAUGAAACAGUUCACAAAGGCUGUGUAACUAAUUCCUUUCUUUCUGCAGUGCACAUUAAAUGAAAUACAGUGAAAUAUACAUAUUUAUAAUAAUCCUUAUAAACAAGAAUAAUGUGAAUGUAUGAUAGCAUGUUGGUGUGUCCAACAGUCUACCCUUACACUGGAACAGACUUAGCUGUCACUGAAGGAACAUUUCAGUUAAUAUUAAGUUUCAGUUCAUGCCUACCUCAUUAGUACUUUGCCAUGACUGCAUGACAACACUGUGAAACCUGUAAGAGCAAGCAUUCUGUGAUUUUGACACUGUAUUCAAUGUACAUGUCCCGUAUAACCAGGACAUUAGAACGUGUAUACGGGAAGAGGAAAUCUAGUAGAUAUAUGAAUAUGAAUAUAUCCAUGUGAGCCAGUUGUCAGUGCUCUCUUCUUUACAAAGUCAUGUUCAGUUAAAUGUUGCUUUCUGUUGAAUAGAUCACAUUUGUCAUUCAUUCAGUACAAUAGCUUUACAGGCACAGACACUGAUAGUCCUUUACCACAGUAUAUGUCAUUUUAUUCCAGGAUAUCUAUAGAUAUUGCUAUAUAUUCCAUUUUCUGGAAAAUAUAUUGAGAAAUUAUAAGUAAAUAAAAUAACCAGACAUAAUUUCUUGUUUUUGCUGGGUAUUUCAUUCGCUGAAAUACCCAGCAGAUGAAAGCACAUCUUGUUGAUGUUUGUACAAUGAUAUAAACAUCAUCUAAAAAUUCAGAUUUUCAACAAAGCAGUCCCGCUCAGUGAUUUGCAUAACUGCCCAGAAAACCUUAAACAACAAGUGAUAUUAAAUGGGAUAACUAAUAUGGUAUUGACACUUACGAUAAUAAAUAUUGAGACAAUAUACUGUAUCCCCUACGAUACAAUGCACUGCGAAACAAUACGAAACAAUUCUAUUGUCAGUUUACAUAGACAUUUCUUUUGCAUCCUUGGCUGGAAUGAAACCUAGAUUGAGCAUACAGUUAAACAUUUAUCAUGCAAAGACAAAACACAUCGAAACGCAUGAAAAGUGUUUCCCAUACCUUUUUAUACUGAUUCCACAUUUUGUUCAAGUCAGAAAUCCAGUGUGAUCCCAACAAAGUAAAACUCUAGUGAACCAUGAUCACAGUUUUCAGUUUGUUAGAAGCACACAGAAAAAUGCUGCCACUCCAACUACUGGCCUAUUGACAUACUGCCUGACCUACAUACUGGUCCUACUGGUAUCCUCAUUGAUUUGUUGUUUGUAAGAAUUCAAUAGUUUUUCCUUGCCGCCAUGGCCAAGGUCUUGCUCAUGGUGGUACUGUUGGGUCUCUGUCAAUAAUGUUAUAAAGAGUUCGGUCUAGACCUGCUCUAUUUGAAAAGUGUCCUGAGAUAACUUCUGUUAUGAAUUGGCGCUAUACAAAUAAAACUGAAUUGAAUUGAAUUGAAUAGUUUGUAUGAUACAGUCAUCAUAUCCUUGUAAUUUUUCUGCUUCCAUUUCAAACCACCUGAAAGAGAAUGAAGCUUGGGUCUGACUGUCUCAUUAAUGUAUGUCAACAUGUUAUAUUCCCAUGUCGAGAUGUAUUCUAUUAAGUUUAAAAUGUAUUCUUUGUCCUAACACAAUGUCGACUUUCAUCAUGAUGAUGACCAAGUUAUAUCACUUAGCAAGAAUCUUUAUUUUUAUCAGUACUUCAGAACAUAAGGGGCCUCCACAGCAAGAACCAUAACCACAUCUUUAUAGAAAUCCUCUUUUAAUCAUAUGAUGUGACAGUAAGAUCUCCAUCCAUAUAAGGUACCUUCAUAACAUCGUCAGUCCAACUACCCAUACUGCUGUCCCAUAUUUGUGUACACUCACGUUUUGCAAACUAUUUUAACUCAAACUUUCCAACUUGUAGAUUUUAUUUACAAGAUUUAAUUACAAGUUGGAAGUCAAGCGACCAUGGUGUAGUUAACAUUAGCUUUUUACUUGUGGUGGUCGCAUUUACACUUCAAAACUGGCGUGUGGUGUUCAUUAGUGAAAUUAUCAAUGAUACUUACAAAAAACAUGUAAGUUUCAUGAACCUUUGUUUGCCACAGUGCAUAUUUUCUGCAACAGUCCAAAAUCCAAUAUAGAAAUCCCAUUAGCUGUUUGUCGAAGGGAUCAGUUUGUGUUACAUGAACCAACCGGUUCCUGGUACCGAUCCAAAUUACAGUCAUUUAUACGACAAUAUUACUGAUUGAAAGAACUGUACAAAAGAUUUAAAAACAUUUCACAAUUUUCUUCCUGGAGAUUCCUCCUAAAGCAUGAGUGGAAAUGUAUGAGUGUUCUACAUCUGAGUUAUGGAAAAUCAACUUUCCACUCCCCAAAACCAAAAGAACAUGUUUUUGACUGAUAAAUGGUGUCUGUUUCCUAACUUUGGAGAACCUGUAUCACUGUACAUAGGCACAUGUAGCACAAUAGAAUCUCAUUCUGUGCACUGUAAAAAUGCAAGCAAGCUAUUUUAUUAUUUACCCAGAUUGCAGUUAAAUUAUUUGUUGUUGUUCAGAUAUUUAUUUAUGUAUUAUUUAUUUUUAUAUAAUUAUUUAUUUACAGGCUGUUAAUCUGCUGUAACAUGACUGAGACAUGGACAUGAUCAGGAUGUUAUUGAAAGCAGCUGUUCAGAGACAGAGAAGAAAAAAUUGCUUGUGGAGCUUUUCAUUUUUUGCAGUGUGUAUGUUUUCUAUGAUACAGAUGUAUGCACUUUAAAAUCCAUGGUUGAGUGAAAUAAUAUUUAAAACAACUUCUGUGUUUUUUUCCUGUGAUGAUAAUACAUUUAUGUGAGAUGUUGUAUGUGUUGCUGUCUAAACGUGAGGUUCUGUGUUGGACAAAAUUAAUAAAUAAAAGUCAUCUAUGAUUCCGGCA